AUGAAGCUUCAGGUAGCCACAGUCGCCUCCUUCGUCCUGGUGGCCUUGGCCGCGGCGGCCCAGGCCGUGACGUUCGACGCGUCGAACAAGGCGUCGGGCACCUCCGGCGGCCGGCGGUUCAACCAGGCCGUAGGCCUCCCAUACUCCAAGAAGGUCCUCUCUGACGCCUCCGCCUUCAUCUGGAAAACCUUCAACCAGCGCGCCGUCGGCGACCGCAAGACUGUCGAUGCCGUCACCCUCGUCGUCGAGGACAUCAGCGGCGUCGCCUUCACCAGCGCCAACGGCAUCCACCUCAGCGCCCAGUACGUCGGCGGCAUCUCCGGCGACGUCAAGAAGGAGGUGACCGGCGUGCUGUACCACGAGGCGACGCACGUGUGGCAGUGGAACGGGCAGGGCAGGGCGAACGGCGGGCUCAUCGAGGGGAUCGCCGACUACGUGCGGCUCAAGGCCGGGUUCGCGCCGGGGCACUGGGUGAAGCCGGGGCAGGGCGACCGGUGGGAUCAGGGGUACGACGUCACGGCGAGGUUCCUUGACUACUGCGACUCGCUCAAGCCCGGGUUCGUCGCGCAGCUCAACGCCAAGAUGAAGAGUGGGUACACCGACGACUUCUUCGCGCAGAUUCUCGGGAAGAACGUGCAGCAGCUGUGGAAGGACUACAAAGCCAAGUUUAGAGGCUGA